AUAUAUCAUCAAUCAAUCAAUCAAAACAAAAAAAACAAAAUUUGGCUUCUUAAAGUUUGGUCAGUUUUCCUCACUCUUACUACUUUAUAUUAAUAAAUAUAUAUGCCUUUUGUCCUAUAAGUUUUUAUAAAACAGUGGACCAUACUUUCCCUGUAUAUUCUUGCCUUUUAAGCACUCUUUUCCCUUUCUUCUUCCUCUCUACAAACCCUUCUCUUUCUCUCCCUCAUCUAAUUUGGAUCUCUCUCUCACACAACUUCACCUACAUAGUCUGAGAGAGAGCAUGCCUGAAUGUCCAGAGAAAGGGAGAGAUUUGAUGAGAUAGGGAAGAAGAUCAAGAGAGAAGCAGAUGUAGCUCCUUCUUCUCAUAUGGGAAGAAGACACAUGUUGGGUCCUCCUGGAACCCUAAAUACUAUUACACCUUGUGCAGCCUGCAAGCUGUUGAGGCGCAGAUGUGCACAAGAAUGUCCCUUUUCUCCAUACUUUUCUCCUCAUGAACCCCAAAAGUUCGCUUCUGUUCACAAAGUCUUUGGUGCCAGCAACGUCUCAAAGAUGCUCAUGGAGGUACCGGAAAGCCAAAGAGCGGAUGCAGCAAAUAGUCUGGUUUAUGAGGCUAACGUGAGGCUAAGGGAUCCAGUUUAUGGGUGCAUGGGUGCAAUUUCAGCCUUACAGCAGCAAGUUCAAUCUUUACAAGCUGAGUUAAAUGCAGUAAGGGCGGAGAUACUAAAGUACAAGUACCGGGAAGCCAAUAUUUUGUCCUCAUCUCAUGUCGCUUUGCUUUCUUCUGGGGCCGUUUCAGUUGCAGCUGUACCACCGCCACCACCCACAACACCACCAGUGCCGCCACCUAUACCACCACCGCCAUCACAGCCUCUUCCUUCUUCCUCCUCCUCCUCUUCCAUGUACACACAGCCGACCAGUAGCACUGCAGACUACAGCACCAUUUCAAACGAAAAUGUUUCUUCCUACUUUGGUAACUAAUUGUUAAUUUCAUUUCUAGAGACUAAUUGUUAAUUAGGAUAUAAAUAUAUAUCCCAUUUAGUUUUCCUAUUUUAUAUAUAUAUGAUGAAUUAUGCUUAUUUAUGAAACCAAAUAAAAGAUCAGAUUAAUA